GAGUCAGAAAGUUAAUACGGGAGGAGAGAAGGACAUCAACUCUGCAAGCAGUAGGGGUGGCUCGCCAUCUGCGUGCUCUAAGGCGGUCCAGGGGGUCGCGGAAGGGACAGCGCCCGGACACUGGCUUCCCAUGGAGGCGCCCGUGCUGGGCCCUGGGCUGGUGGAGCGUCUGGAGCAGCUGGCUACGUGCCCGCUGUGCCGGGGCCCUUUCGAGGACCCAGUGCUCCUGGCGUGUGAGCACAGCUUCUGCCGCGCGUGCCUUGUCCGCCGCUGGGGAACUCCGACUGUGACAGGCACCGAGGAGUCCCCCACCGCAUGUCCCUGUUGCGGCCUACUGUGCCCUCGCCGGAGCCUGAGGUCCAAUGUGCGGCUGGCGGUGGAGGUGCGCAUCAGCCGUGGACUGCGGGAGAAGCUGGCCGAGCCCGGGGGCCGCGCUGGGAGACGCCGAGGGGGCCGCAUCCCCACCAUGGGAAGCCUGGAACCGCUCGAAGAGGAUACGAGAAAGACAUGGAGAAGAUUUGAUGCCCCAACACCCAAGUCAUCCAACUCAGAGGACAAUCUCCCUGAUGAUUAUCCAGUGGUCAAAAACAUGCUUCACAGACUGACAGCCGACCUGACUCUGGACCCUGGCACAGCACACCGCUGCCUGCUCAUCUCCGCUGACCGCCGCAGUGUCAGAUUGGCCCCACCAGGGACACCUGAGCCCCCUGACAGCCCAGCGCGCUUCGAUCAGCUCCCAGCAGUGCUGGGUGCUCAGGGCUUCGGGGCUGGCCGCCACUGCUGGGAGGUGGAGACCACGGACACGGCCUCUUGUGGAGAUCCUUCUGGGGAGGAUGAGGACACGGAGAGUCACUAUGCCUUGGGUGCGGCCGGGGAGUCGGUGCAACGCAAGGGCCGAGUAGGAUUGUGCCCCGCUGGCUCUGUGUGGGCCGUAGAGGGCCGUGGCAGCCGCUUGUGGGCACUCACAGCACCGGAGCCCACCCUGCUGGGCUACGCUGGGCCCCCACCACGGCGAAUUCGGGUGGACUUGGACUGGGAGCGGGGCCGCGUGGCCUUCUACGAUGGCCGCUCGCUCGACCUGCUGUUUGCCUUCCAGGCGCCUGGCCCCCUGGGGCAGCGCAUCUUCCCACUGUUCUGUACUCGAGACCCACGUGCCCCACUGCGCAUCGUGCCAGCGGAAGGCUGACAACCAGGCCCACAACCUCGUGCUAGCUUGGCCCCCAGUGAGGCUUCUUCUUCUGGGCUGGAAACUCCCUACUUAAUGCAAGGAUCAUGCUCACAUGCUCGCAGCCAAAGUAUUGAUUGAUGUGCACCAUCCACCCACAUACACUCUUUUCUCCCAAAUAGUAAGACCUCAACUGGCCUCUAGUUUCCACAUCCACUCCCAAAAACGAAUCCACUCCCAUUUCCUCCUCUUGGGACGCUUCUCCCCCCAUAGCUACCCCAGGUCUUCCCACCUAUCUUACACAGCUCCUGGUCUGAGCUGGGGAACAGGCCCUGCUCCCAUCGGAAUUAGUCAACAGCCCAUGUUUACUACACAGAGUCCCUGGCUCCUCAAAUAUUUACCUGUCACUCCUACCUCUGCUAGUCUCAAAUGCCCAGUGCCUUCCCCUCAGCUUUAAGGCUGGGGCUUUCCUGCCCUAUCCACUCUCAAGUUUCUCAAGAGAAACCAGACCCUCCUCCUGGGGGGGGGGGAGGGCGGUGCGGAGAAAGGUUUGACUUGCUAGGAAGCUUUAUAUUGGUGGGGUUUUUUGGGGAGGGGGAAUGAUUCUAUGCCACCAUGCUUUCCAUGUUCAGUACUUUCCCAUUAACCUUCUUUAAACUACCCUCUGUUCAUACUCACAAUAAGAAACCAAUGGUGCUACCUCUCCUUUCCUCAACCUGGGAAUGCUCCAUACAACCUCAAGGCAGUCUUGUAUA